AUUUUCCCGGAAGUAAAACAAAAUAAAACAGCUGGUGAAGCGCUUCGCCUCACAGCAGAAGCCCCCAGCUGUCGGAAUAAGCUUCUAUUUUUAUUUUUUUUUUAUUUUUUUACCUGGACUAGUUUAUUAUUAUUUCCCCUCGGCGUGAUGUCGUUUCCUUCCAGCCUCGGUUCGCAGGUGGCGGCCAUCAUGGAUGUCUUAGCGAAAGCCGCGGUCGCCGAGAUCACGAAGCUGGUGGAGGACGGGACCGUGGUGCUGCGCCUGGAGAUGCGUCGGAGGGAAAACGAGAUCCAGGAGCUCCGGAGAAGUUUGAAGCUGACGGAGGCGGAACUGUGCGAAGCUCGAGAGGCGGCCAUGACCCGAGCUACGGAGGACGAGCAGGGCCAAACAGCAGGCGAGCGACAGGUCCAAUCACAAGAUGAAAGAGAAGAUGAGCAAACACGCGCAGGGUUUCUGGAGCCUGCCGACUCACUCUACAGGCAUCGACACGGGACAGAAGGCGGCGAUGACAUGGGCCUGGCGGUGAAACACGAGCCGGCGGAUGAACUCGCAAUCCAGGAUACGACAGAUGACACUGCAGCAGCGGCAGCAGCAGCUAAUGUUUGCUUUGAGGUGGGAGAGAGAGAUGAUCCAAUCUGGCCUCCUCCCGCCACUUGUAGCAUGUUCGAGAAAAACGCUGUUGCUGUGCAGCAGCACAUGCAGAUGUUCCCCCCUCACGCUGAGCAAUUUUCUGCUCACAGAAACUCUGAGAUUUCCUAUAACUCCACAUCGACUGCAACGGAGGAAAUGGAAGAUGAUUUGUUGAGUGUGCCGAUAAAGGUCGAGGCAGGGGUUCGACCAAUGUGCAUGGGAAGUACCACUUCAGAGUCUGCGCGUAAUGACCAGUUGACACAUGUUUCACGCCCUGAGAACCGGUGCUCGCAGUCGGCUUCGCAACGGGCUCGGCUGUCGCCCGCCGUCCCGCACGCACAGAGGUCCACCGCAGACGUGGAGCACAUCCUCAGUCGAAGCCACCCGAGGGCAAAGAGGCAAACGAACGUGUGGAGAGCAACUCAGAGACACUUCAUCUGUUCUGUGUGCAACAAGGGUUUCGCCCGCUUGUCUCAGCUGGAGGAGCACAAGGCCGCCCAUCAGCCCUCCAAGCCUUUCCGGUGCCUCGAGUGCGGGAAGUCUUUCACCCAGAAGACCCGGCUGAAGACGCACCAGAGUGUGCACACGGGGGAGAGGCCGUUCAGCUGUAAGAUCUGCGGCAAGAUGUUCUCGCGGCAGGACAACUGCCUGAGACACGAGCGCUUCCACAGUGGCCUGAAGCCGUACAGCUGCGGGCAGUGUGGCAAAAGCUUCACGGUGCUGGGCAACCUGAAAAUACAUCAAGAGAUCCACCUGCAAGGACGAUAUUGGUCCCCGCCGACGAUGUUGAGCGGCGUCGCGCUGCGGGCGCAGGUCGCCUCCAUCAUCGACGCGCUGUCCAAAGCGGCCGCGGCGCAGAUCUCCAAAGUGGUGGAGGACGACCUGGUGGUGCUGCGGGUGGAGAUGUGUCAGCGCGACGGCGAGAUCGAGAAGCUGAAGAGCAGCGUCGCGGUGCUGCACGCCGAGCUGCGGGCGGCGCAGGGCUGGGCGACCCGGCGACCUGCGGACCACCACCACGGGGGGGAUGGUCGUCAGAGUGGCACCGGCGACGACAGGAUCUUGCUGGAGGACGCGCGUCACGCUGACAAGGGCGAUGGCGACCUGUCCGUGCCCGGUGAGGUCCGGGUUAAAGCUGAACCCGCGGAACGGGGGCACGAGGAGGCCCAAGGGCAGGCCGACCGUCUGGGAGGAGAGCUGCCUGUGUACGAAGGGAAUGGUGGGGAGUGGAGAACGACGGCUCAAAGCGAGACGGGACGCAACCACUCUGAAUAUUUGAAUUCGAGGCAGAACUCCCUGCCGUGUCUCCCCGAGUCUUCCCUGGUCACCGGACUGUCUGUGCCCUGCGGCGGCGGCAGCGGCGGCGUCUCCGGCGGGUUCCAGCAGAGCCCGUUCAGCCGCGGCCUGCUGGGCUUCGGUCAGUAUCGUAACUCGUACGCCGCGGUGCGAAGGAGGUCGGUGAAGAGGCUGGUGUUCAAGAAGGGCUUCACCUGUCCGUACUGCGGCAAAUGUUUUGAGCGCGCCGGGCACCUCGAGAGGCACAAGAGGAUCCAUACCGGCGAGAAACCGUAUCGCUGCGAGAUCUGUGGCAGACGCUUCAAUCAGAAGUGCAGCCUCAAGGAGCACACGAAGAUUCAUAGACGGUGGACUCAGACUCGACCAGACGAGGUCCGAGUGUGCGCAGAGAAGCCGAUUCCUUCGUUGCAUCCGUGUGGUGAUAACCAUCUCCCUAAGGAAGAGAGCCGGACGAAUGCUGAGGAUGUCAUCCCUAAGGAGGAGGACGUUCUCCCGACACUUGUGCAGGUGAAGUCUGAGCCCGCGGAGGAGAAUAUAACACAACCAAUGUUUCGUGGAGGGGAUGAGCAGACGAGGGACGCAGCAGACGACCUCAGUGAGUUUUCGGCGUUCGAGAGAGACGGCCAGCAGUGGAUAUCCAGAAUACAAGGACAAGGGAACACGGAGAUGAGCGGUUCAGAAUAUCUCAGCGGCCGGGUGCACAAUGUGACGUCCUUCCCCAGAUUAGCUCAGUUACUCCCGGCCCCAGUCGAAGCCUCUUGUGGCUCCUUCUCCUUUCCAGGGAAACCUCCAUACGCGGAGCUCAAACACAGCCUGAUCUCCCAAUCGCCCUACGGAUCCCUGGACACGCUCCUGACGUCGGACGACGCAGGAUUCCACGGUGGCAUGUCGGAGGCCUCGCUGGAUCACCACCGCCAGAGGAGAGGCCGGUCGUUUCAGGUGAUCAAGCCGAAGAAGAGCUUCGUCUGCUCGUACUGCGGCAAGGUGUUCGAGCGCGCCGGCCACUUGGAGAGACACUUACGAAUUCAUACCGGGGAGAAACCGUACGGCUGCCAUCUCUGCGGGCGGUGCUUCAAUCAGAAAAGUAGCCUCAAGGGCCACAUGAAGACGCACAGAGACGGGGAGAAUACCGAUGUGCUGGAGGCUCAUCACCUGAUGUUCACGAUGCCUGGUAAUCAUCCGCUGGAGAACCCGGCAGAGCCGAAGCCGGAUCUUGCCGCUUAUGAGGAACAGUUGCCGGCCGAGGAGGCCCCUGGUGAGCACGUGGUGAUGGUAAAGGUGGAGCCAAACAGAGGAGAGGACCUUCCGACUUUAGGUCAGGCAAGGCCCGAUGGUGGCACAGGAGCACUCGACCAAAGCGAGCUGUGGAUGUCUGGGCUGGGGAAGAGUGGUGACGACGACGACGACGACGCCAUGGUGCGAACCGUCUGCGUACUUUCACAUGAUGUCAAGUAUCAACUGGGCCCUGCUGCGGCCAACGGGCAGCAGGGAUACGCGUGCACAUCACCAGUCAAGGAUCUGCCUUUUGUGAAUGACAGAGAAAAAGAGGAAAUGAUGCACAACGAUCAGUACGCCGCGAUGGGGCUGCAAUCGAGAAGCUCGGACCUGGCGCUCGCGUCGGAGCUUCAGGAUCAACGCGCGACACGAGAGGCGGCGGUGAACGAUUACGGCGCAGCGAGUGACGUGACACUGGACGGAACAGCGUUUGAAUUGGAUAUGACCUCCACCGGCGACCACGAGGACAACUGUGGCGGCGACGCCUCCAGACAAAAUUGCUUCAUAUGCUCAAGUUGUGGGCAGAGCUUUGACAGCUUCAGUUUGUUUCAGCGGCACCUUUGUAAAAACAUCCCGGAGUAAUCCCACAUUCGUUUUCUGUUUGAAUUUUUCUGUUGAUUUUUUUUCUUGCAGUCAAGACAAGACAAUGCUUGUUUCAAGUGCAUCGCACAAAAUGUUUUGCUGCUACUUUGAGCUGCGCCAUCAUUCUUCACUUAUUUAAAAAAGAGAAUCAACAGUGAAGACAAUCGCUCGUCACUUCGCUGUGCGUUUGCCCUCACUGGGAUUGUGAGUGUCUUGAUCGUGAGUGUCUUGAACGGUAACCAAAAGGGGCAAUGAGCGAUUUUGGAGAAAGAUUGUUUUUUAAUGUCUUAUUCUGAACGCACUGGUCGGGUCACGAACCCGCAGCCUCGGGUGCGGUGGAGCAACGCGCUUAACCACAAGGCCGAAACCCCUGAGUUGUAGCAUUCGUCGCAAGCACGUGUCUUAACGUGUCUGAGAGAUUUUGUUUGUUUUCAAUUUACAGAGCCAGGCCUUUUUUUAAUUUUACCCGGAUUACUGCCCCUUUAAAUAUUAUAAGGAGAAACCAAACAAAUGUCAGGAGUGUUGUUUGUAGUAGCACAGACCACUUUUCACUUUAUUUAUUUUAAUGCUUAGGAAAUGGCCAAGUAAAAAAAGAAAGGGGGUAAUAGAAGAUUUUGAGUUUCUGCACAAUUGGGGAAAAUGCAGUCCAGUCCAAGACAUCUUUAGUUUGUGCGUUAUUUAAUUAUUGGGUCUGUUUUUCCAAUUAUCAGCGUUCAGGACCACUUGGUUGUGUUUUCCUCUGCUGACAUUUAAAUUGCUUAUUAUUUCUUAAAAGAUUUCCUUUACACUUGCAAGUAUUAAGAGAGAAGUUUGAGCUGUGAUUUUGAGUUUACUGAUAGGAAGAAAAAAUUGAUGAAAAAUAGUCAUUAUGGUUAAAAAUGAUGCCGUGUUCGUUUUAAUUAUUGACAAAUUAGUCAAUUACAUGGCUCGAUAUAAUUAUUUUACUUUGGUUUUUCGUUGAACCCAACAAUCAAACAGUGAUGACAAAACAGCAUUUAUUGGAAUUUGGCUGAAUGAAUACAAAUUACGGCAUAUUCAUUGAUCUAGUAUAUACAUUUGACAUUCAUUUUAGAGUGCCAUUGUUAAAAAAAAAAAAAAAAUUAAAUCUAAAUUAAAGUCCACGGAACAAUUUUGAUCAAACUCUGGAAAAUAAACCUUGUUUUUGCUGACUGCAUUGUAAUGACCCACAUCACUGUACUGAGUUUAGAAUAUAUUCACAGAUUAUUGAAACACGUUGACAGAAGCAUCCUCACAAUCCCUGCUCUCGUACAACAAUGUACUGUAUACCUCAAACUACCAUUGCCUUCUCUGAUUGAUAUUUAUGUUGUGGGAUGUAUAUUUUGCAAAGCAUCUUAUCGGUCAAUGACCUUAACUGUCGGACAAAACUAAUUACACAGACGGUGUUAAAGCAUUGGGGAACUGUAAUGCGAAAAAACCAUGUGGUUGAGUGGUUUAAGUGUUCUGAAAGAACUUUGGUGGCAGGUGGUUGGACUUGAGGAGGUUGUUGAAAUAGACAGAACCAACUCUCUAGCUGAGCCGACAGAGAGAGAGAGUGACACAAAACACUUGACUGUACAGUGCGAUUAGUGCCUACAUCUCCCACGUGAAGGAAAACCCCUGCCCUGCAGCAUUACUGAUUUCUGUUAUUGCCUUUCAAAAUCAAAGUCAAACGUCUGUUUGUUUGUUUUUUUAAAAAGUUAAUUCAGUGUUUUCUGUUUGCUUUGAUUUAAAGCACAUACGUCAUGUACUGUAAUUUACCUCACAUCAUCACAGAUCAAUAAUCGUCAAUCCGUCACCCUGUUGUUGCAUGUUUUCACGGUAUGGCACAACAUUUUUUGGUUUGGCUUUUCGCAGUUUUAAAUAAAUUCAAAACUAAGUUGAUUGAA